CGACAGCCUCAGACACAGGCGCGAGGAAACAACUUUGACAAUAUAAAUCAGCCAAAUCAUUCCUGUCAUCAUGCACUUCCCAGCAACCUUGACUGAAUUUACAAAAGCAUGGCCAUCACACUCCUUGAAGUCCGCAACAAGUCAGACGCCUUGAUGGUACCAAUGAACGAAGUCAGAUCUGGAGCUUGGUCAUCAACUCUGCAAUUUCUGGCCACGGAAGGACUGAAUUCGUGUACUGCUGUGGCGAUUGUCUCCAGGAACGGAAGUGUGCUCGCUCACAUUGCCCCUAGAACAGAGUCCGUACCCGGAGACGACAAUGUGCGGGUUUUGAUGCAAUCGGUCAUUCAGCAUUACAACUCGAGAAAGCAAGCGGGACUUUCCCCGGACUCCACGACAAGCAUCGUCCUGACCGCGGUAUAUGGCGGCAACAUUGCGUUGCCCAACCAAAUCAACACUAUACGGCUUGUGCUGGAUAGACUUGGGCUACCGAUCGUCUUCCAGCAGUACCGCGUCCAUGAGAUAGGAGAGCAUCGCCGCGAGGGAGAGACAUCCAUCAUAGUCCAUGGCCGCCACGGACGCGAUCCUCGGAUCUAUGUCAACGAUCGAUUGUUCGUCAGCAAGACCACGAACCAAUAAACUCUUAUUGUCUUGUAUUGACAAUGGGAGGGAGACGAUGCAGCACCGCAUUUGGGAAAGCAUGCGGGUGCAGGGAGGAGAUUAGAAUGUUUGACCGAGAUUCACGGCUGUCGAUAAACGUCGAGUCAGCGAGUUAGCUGUACA